CAGUCUUUAAUGAGGCAAUGGUCGGUACACGGAAAGUCAGUCCACUCUGGCAAAAGUACAGAAAUCCGAUGGGCAUAGGCACGGUCAAAAUACAAAACUGGUCAAAACCUAUUCAACAGAGACACAGGUACAGCACAUUAGGGCGGGGCAGGUAAUCACACAGGUGAAGAGCACAGGAGGGCAGGAAGUAGGGAGACCUGGAUCGGGACAACAGCAUAUGCGUUUUAAACUAAAACAGUAAAAGGCCAGACUUGAAACACUUGGGAACAUAGACAAAACUUAAAAGACCGUGACGGGGCGUGACGGCAUCACUAGCCGGAGCAAAAAAAUAAUAAAGGCACGAGUGCAGUCUUCUCCCAGAACGCAAGGUGUCGCUGUUGACAAAAGGACUAUCUACACACCCCUGUAAAACGGGACAAGAAAAGGAAGAAGAAGAAGAAGAAGAAGAAGAAGAAGAAGAAGGAUGGCGCCAAGAACCAUGGCAAUUGGCAUCGCCGCCAGAGGCGCAGAGCUGGUGUUGCGGUCGUUCGACGUGGAAGAAAUUCUAGUUCUAAACUCGCUUCCAGAAUAGCGACGCAAAAGAGGAAGGCGGUGUGUUCGUUUAUCUGGCAGGCGCCGAAAAGUGACUCUGUGUCCGUGCCCAAAGGGGCCAGACGGGCAAAGAGUGCACGAGAGAGUUUUGGAGAGUGUGCCACUUUAGGGUGCGUCGAUGGAAAACGUCCCUCCACGAUGCAGGAAGUGACUACCUGGCGCGACGCCGGGCUGUUUAUGCUGCUGCAGCAGAGGAGAAGUGUGUUGAUCAGAUCAAUCAGAAUUAAUUGUUAAUUCGCGAACAUGAGAAAUAGUGACCAGGGUGUGGAUAAAUCUUAUGAGAGAUCUCAGUAUUUACUUUUCGUUAGUGUUUAUCGUCACGCAGUCUCCUCGUGUUGAAUAAGGAAGUCAAACACUGAGGGAUUCUGUCUUUGUUAAAUCUUUAUUGAAUUCAAAUGGAGCUUUAAUAUGAAUGAGCCUAUGUUUUUAUUAAGUGUGAUAAACUCUCCCUCUGUUUAUAAGAAACCAGAGGGGACACAUGAAACGUCUGGAACAGCAACACGAUUCCACCCAUUCAUAAAUAUCUGCUGCGCUUUAUCCUUUGUCACGUCACUCUAAACUCACCCCUUUUUUUCCCAGUCGGGAUCCUGUAGAAUGAUGACUCCGUUUUCCGGUGAUCUGAUUGGUCAGCAGUUCGACUGUUGACAGUCGUGUUACCAUGGAGAUUUGCCCCGGGCAACGAGCGAACCAGCUUCGUGGGGACGGAAACCGCGAAGUUACCUGGAUAAGUGUGGAUCCCGCUUCUCAGCGCAGGCGACCGGGGAGGAGGGCGACGGUCGAAUGUGAUCAAAGGAGGAUGAGUGGAUGUGUGUAGUGACAGGGAUCAAAGGAUUACUGCAGACUAGUUAAAGGCAAAAGGACCGCCGGUAAAUGCCUCCAGGAAGCAAAUGCAUCAACGAUGAGUAAGACGAACGUGCGGCCGAACCAAGGCAACGGGAUGAAGAAGUGUGGGAAGACCAGAGCCACGUUAGCCGAGGCUCGAGGUCCAGGUGCACCAUGGCAGGGCCCGACCGCUGGAGAGGACAUCAAGGAUCUGGGGAAUCGCCACAGGCCACAGGCAGGGGACAACCAACGACAGGCACCCAGCAAGAGUAGCUGCUCCCUGGGGCUGGAAACGAGGCCAGAGCUGGUCUGGGAAGACUGGGACCGGGGACAAGAGUUCACCAAAACAUUGGUGUUAAAGAACAUUCAUAACAAGCUACAGAAGCUAUACCUGAGGCCUCCUGUGUCCAAGUUUUUCACGACCUCAAUUCCCAAGAUAAUUUUUCUCAGCCCGGGGACAUCUUUCUCCGUCCCCGUCUGCUUUAGACCACUGCAAAGGUGCGAGUAUGAGGACAGCAUUGAGUUUCAAGGUAAAGAAGGCAGCAUCCAAGUUCGCCUCCUUGCCACAAUUCCCUGUCACGCCCUGGAGGUGCCUGACUCGGUGCUGCUGCCACUCUGCGCAGUUCAGCACUCAUCACGCACUACUUUCCGACUCAAAAAUGCAAGUGAACUCCAGACAUGCUUCCAGUGGGUGUGUGCAGCACCGUUCCAGCUGAGCCCCGAGCACGGCCUGUUGAAGCCCAGCCAGGAGUGUCAAAUCACCGCGGUGUUCCGCCCACAGGAGGCGCUGGUGUACCAGCAAGAGGCUCGCUGCAGGUUUGGAGAAGAAGUGGACCAGGCAGGGAGCUGCUGCACUGUGCUGCUGCAGGCACUAGCCAAAUACCCAUGUCUUCAGCUGAGAAAUCCAGCGACCAAGGAGGAAAAAGAACAGGGGGUUCCAGAGCUGCGCUUUGGUUCUGUGGCCGUCGGCCAGAGUUUGCAGAGACACUUUGACAUCUUCAACCCCUCUCCUGUAGCUGCCUCUUUCUCUCUGUCGCGUCUAUUUGGCGGGGUGCCUUUGUUUGGGUCAGAGUUCACCUGCGACGUCACCAGCGGUGAUGUGGUGUCUGGUGGAUCACUACGAGCUACCGUCACCUAUACUCCUGCUGCGGUGGACACAGUUUCUGUGGAGUACUUAUCUGUAGAAUGCAGAGGGGCAGUAAACGAAACCCUGCUCAAACUUACUGGAAGCUCUACAGGUCCCAAAGUUUCCUUGUCCUCCUCCGUGGUGGACUUUGGCUGUGUCAAGGAAGGAGGAGCCGUCACACAGACAAUACAGCUGUUUAAUUCUUCUCCCGGUGAGACCGUCUACCAAUGGGACCUCGACUGCUGUGGGCACAGUGUGUUCAGCAUCCAGCCAGCAAGUGGCACUGUUCGGCCACACAGCCGUACCACACUGACGUCAGUCUACAGGCCCACACGGGCCAUGGCCCACCACAGGAGAGUGGCGUGUCUCAUAUUAGACGGGGACCCCCUGUUCCUUGACCUAAUUGGCACCUGUCACUCAGAGCUCCAACAACCAGCCAUACUGAAACCAGAACACUUGGUUAUGCGCAAGCUUCACCGGCAACGCAGACAGGACCCACCAGAAAAGUUGCAGCGAGAUCACGAUGUACACUCGGAUCAGCAGGGUGUGGCCUACGCCCUGGAGGAGUCAAAUCCGAGACUGGACAGUGCUGCUGAUGUGCUGAGAACUCCCAUGGAGGAGUUCUACCGGUCUUGCUUGGGGUGCAUGGAUCCUCUCUCCUCCUCUUUGUCGUCGUCUCCACAUGUGUCGGUGGUGCCGAGUGAGCUGCUGUUCAAUCAGAAAAUAUCCUCCCCUUUUUCAACGUCACCCACUUCCUCUCAGUCUGUCUCCAUCACCAACCACAGCAGAGGGAAACUCGGCCUGGUGUGGACUGUUGCCCAAGAUUCUCCGUUCACCGUCUCUCCCUCAUCAUGUGACCUGGCUCCACUGAAGUCCACCUCAUUCAGAGUGACCUAUGACCCCAGGCAGCUCGACACUUUGCACGGAGCGCAACUUGAGUGCUUUGCAUACUAUAAAAUGGAUGAUGAUCUCAUCGGUGAGCGACCGCCUUGUCCGCCCUGGUGUGCGACAGUAAGAGUCAUCGGCCACUCCUUUCAGCCUGGCAAACAACACUUCAUCCCGUGCUGCUCCCUGAAGCCCCCUCAAGUGGUCUUUCCAGGCCUGGGGGCUCCUUCCUAUCAGACGGCUCUCCUCCAGAAUUGCGGUGACCUGCCCCUCACUUUCGGCCUGGACCACAGCUCAAACCCAGCCCUGGCAGAAUCCGUGUUGGUCAUUCCGAACUGUGGUCUGAUCCAGCCUGGGCAUCACCAAAUCCUCACCCUCAGAUCAACUCCCACGGAGGAGAGUCCCAAGCAGGGGUUCCGUUUACAGCUGCAGCUUAAUGCAGCUAAGCACACGAAGGAACUGACAGUUGUGAACGCGCUUGAAAAGCUGUGUGUGUCUCUUGAAGGAGAUGGCAGCUUAUAUUUUCAGCCUACACAUGUGGGCUCACGGACGCAACGCUCCCACCACAUCAGGAAUCUCAGCGGUCUACGCCUUCGGUUCCAGUGGAGAAUUCCAGAGCCAGACCAGGGGCUUAUCUCUGUUGAACCAGAUGCCGGUGAACUGCAUCCCAAUGAGAUCUCAUUCCAGACAUGGUCCUUCAGUCCACUGGCAGAGGAAACAUACUCACUCAAACCUAUUCUCUGCUUCUGGCCGAUCCAGACUGAUGGACGGGACAAGUCACAGCUCACCCUUACAGUGGUGGGAAUGGGCUCCGAAGGCUUCAUAGAGGCGAAAAAUGCGGUCCUGGAUUGCGAGGAGACGCUCGUUGGGAGUUACCGGUCAAUCGAAGUUCCUCUGGUGAACAACAGUCCCUGUCCUGUUUCUUUUCGUCUCUCUGUGCAGCAGAUUCUUCUGGACAAGGAAGUUGUUCAUGAUCCCGAGACCGAGCCAAGCGCUCUGCAGCUGCACUGUGACAAGGGAACCAUCGCCUCACACUCCACGAUGCUGAUCUGGUCUACUUUCAAACCGUACAGACGAACCCAGUACUUGUGGAAAAUCAGCUACCAGACAUUGAAUGCCAAUGGGCUUGUGUCGUCCCCUCCCCAGCCAGUGUGUGAGGUGCGAGCAAAGGGUGUGUUCCCCACCCUGCAGGUGACUGAUGUGUGCGGCGGAGGCAGCAUGGGCAGACUCAGCAAGAAGCAUCUCAGGACUCUCUUCUCAUUGGACAGCCUCAACAAACACCUGCUGUCCAACCCCUCCUCUGCUGAACCCAUUCACGGGACCCCCGCCGAGCACAGUCUGCGCAGUUGUCCUUCCACCUUCACCAAAGCCAUGUUGGAUUUCAACUUUAGUGCUGCUCCCAUUCAUUCAGACCCCUCGGCUUUUGUGCUCAUGUUUCACAACCCCGGUUCCAUUCUCGUCGAUUGGGCAUUCUUGUUUCCAGAGGACCAACACAUAGACUUGGAGUACUGGGCAGAGACUGGAGAGUUCAGCAGCACGGAGCCGUCCCAGGUGAAGGGUCAAGACAACAGUUUGUUCAGCAUCUCUCCCCGUUCUGGGACUUUGCAGCCUGGCCAGCACAGGGCAGUGCUCUUCAGCUACAGUCAUGACGUUGCAGGGACGAAUCGGUUUCCUGUUUUGCUCAAACUCUCUUAUGGCAGAGAGAUCUUGCUUAACUUCCAGGGGGUGACGGUGGAGAGAAACAGACCAUAUCUCCACUUUUCCUCCAACAGACAUGUCUUCACCUCUGUCACUAUUGGGGACUGCAGUCCUCCGAGGCAGGUGUAUGAGUUAUACAAUGCAGGGGCGGUGCCAGUCCAUUAUGAGGUGGACACAGAUGUGCUGUCGCGGCUUCAGAUGGACAACUUUAACCACCCUGUGCUGUGCUGCCUGAGUCCAGAGGGAGACGUCCCUGCUGGACAGACGGCCAUGCUGGAAUGGAUCUUUUCUCCACUGGAGGCAAAGAAGUACCAUAUGGAUGUUCCUAUCCACAUCCAGAAUGGAGACUCGACACUGGUGAGGUUCGAGGGAUGCGGGUUCGAUGCUCCAACACAGGGCUCCUCAAACCCAUUUAACGUCAGUGAUACUAAGACUACUAAGAAGCCCUGUGUCCAGCGGGUGCCAUUCCCAGGACAGGUGGCUUUUCUUUCUGAUGUCAGCAUCUCUCUAGGCGACGUCCCUGUGUGCUCACGAUCCUCGAGAAUCCUCUUCCUCACCAACCUGUCUCACACAGACACCGUCCACUACACGUGGGACCUGCCCCUGCAGAGCAACCAGCAGGUGGUGCAGAUCCAUCCAGAGCAAGGCAGUCUAUGUCCAGGGGAGAGUGGUCUUUGUGUCCUUACCUUCACUCCUACCGACUACCCCACUGUUUAUCAGCUAGAGCUCAUCUGUCAGCUUACUCUGGAGGCCGCGCUGACUCAGUAUCAUAAAGCUCUGCAGCGCUGGGAGGAGGAGAGAAAGAAAGAGCGAGAAGAAUUCACCAUCACGGAAAAGAGCUGUGUCAGACGUCCUCGCCACCCUGGGUCACCCAACAUACGCCAGGACAACAGCCGCUCGGAACCUGUGGCAGCUUCAGUGAGAAAAGAGUCACAAUUCAGGAAAUAUAAGACUCUUCCUCCUAUCUGUGCCAGUAGCAGCUGUGAAACAGUGGGCACUUUAUGCACUAAGCUAGCGAGGGCGGAGCGGCGGGCACGGCGAGAAACGUCUACAGUACAGAGGCAGCCCGAGCCGCCCCAACCUGCUCUGUUGCAUCUUGGGCUCACAGCUCACUCCUAUGGGCUUCACCAUUAUCUCACACACUUUCCUGACCGGCUCGAUAAGCUUCACAGGUGCCUGCAGCCAGUCAAGCCCGGGAAGCCUGAAACCACUUCUUCACGCACAUCCCUCCCUGCUAGGCUGCUCGCACCAACACAUGGCCCUGAGAAAGACGUCCACCAACACAUACUCACCACUUUGCUAUGGGACAUACUCGAUGAUUCCACCUUUACCCAGUCUCUGAUUACUUUGGCCUCCAAGCCCAUCACCUACCAGCCAACAGAAGCAUCUCCCUCUAAUCGCCCCCCUAUCUGUCCGACAUCGCCUCCCUCCUCCCAACCUCAAGUUCCACCGGCCGGGACGAAGGCUGGACUGAGUGAAGAGCACAGCCAAGUGGACAGGCAGGGGACUGCAGAGUGUUCGCUCCAAACACAGGACAGGCUACACACUGAACGUCUGCCUGCUGACAUGAGUGAAGAUGUUUUGCUGAGCACCCUCCAAAACCUGAUGAUGGAACUCGUCAGAGGAGAGCUGGACCCACGCAUCGUCGCCGUGCCACCCGUCUCUAUCAGCAGGAGGAUGUCCAGAGCCAUGGCUGAGGAGGAGAAAAGCAAAAAGGAUACAACGGGGACUUGAUUUCACCAACGUCCCGGAGACUCAUCGUUUUCAUAGAAAUCGUGCUUAUUGCCCACGACCCACUCUCACUGAUUCCUUCAACGAUCACGUUGCCUUGAUGGACUACUUGUAGCUCUUUUGUCCCUCCAAGUGCCACCAUCCAUUGUUUUAAUAUCCUUUUAAAACAGUUCUAUUCACGUCUCACCAUCCUAUGCCCAUGUCUUUGUGCUUCAUCUACUACUGAAUCCAUAAAUAUUUCAGAAGUGAUGUUGCAAUGAAAUAUAUUUCUAAGUGACACUUUAGUAUGAGCAUCUGAAAACUUCCAUCAUCUGAUUGUUUUUAAUGGAAAGUUAAUGAAAUACAUGAAAUUCACAAUGUGGCAAUGAUUCAACAGGCCACCUGACAGCGAUGCACUAUAUACUAGUAUAUCACUGUUUACAGCGCUGCCUACAACAUCCAUUUACGGAAUAUUUUUCAACGUUAGGACAUGAUUACACUUUUUCCGUGUUGCUGUCUGUCUGAUAAAUAGCAGUCAUACUGUAGCUGUUAUUCAUCGCCUGUUAGUGGUAAAUCUUUUCUAUAUUUUUUUCACAUUAUACAUCUUUAAAAUGAAUAGCACGAUGUGAGGCAAAUUUAUGGUAUAUUUUCAAAACGUCAAAUAAAGGCAUAUUCCAUGUCA